CUUUCCAAUGUAACCAACUACAGAGUGGGGGACUGUAACUGCGAGAAGGAGGCAGCCAAAGUGCCAUUAAAGCUCUGGGGGAAAGGAUGCAUUACCUGGGUCCCCUCUUCAGGGAGAAGCAGGGAAAGCUGGAGGAUUCCCUCUGAAUGGUUAAAAACUCCGCAGUUCUCUUCUGCCACAGGCUGAGAAGGACUCCCCAAAACCUGCUCUGUUUGAACUGUGCCGACUGGCAGGAGGAUGGGAGACAGGAACUGAGAGUCACAGAGGAAGGACAGGGGAGUCUGGCAUCUCAUUGGUGACCUGAAAGGAUUCUAUUUAGUGCCAUUCAAGAUCUACUAAGCAUCAUUUUUGCAUGACUACUGCAUAAGGAUUACUUUACAGAAACCAGUUUCUUUUGGAAGAACAUACUUGGACGCUAUUUUCAGAAAGCAGGGUACUCUUUAAUGAAGAGACAGCAGAGGUGCUAAAUACUCUGGGACCCAGAAGCUUUAGUGUCCAAGGAUGGCUUCCACAUGGAAGCUGAUUCUACUUUUGUCAGUUGCUGAGUGUUUUUCAGAAUAUUCUGAAGCUCUUCCUAGUCUCCCUACUUCAUAUGCCACUUUGCUAAGAAUUAAGAAAAGUUCAUCUGCAGCCUUGUUUGGUUCAAAGAACAGACCACGAUACAGUAGUCCUUCAUUAGGAACAAUGAGUGUUUCUUCACCCAGUUGGCGAGGGGCAGCUCAGCAUUAUUAUUCCCCCAUCAAUCUUUAUCAUUCCUCAGAAGCCUUCAAACAGGAUGAAAGUGUGGAUUACGGGCCAGUGUUUGUACAAGAACCAGAUGAUGUCAUCUUCCCAACUGAUUCUGAUGAAAAGAAAGUAGCAUUUAAUUGUGAAGUUCGUGGCAACCCAGUUCCCAGUUACAGAUGGUUUCGAAAUGGAACAGAAAUAGACUUAGAAAGUGAUUAUCGCUACAGUUUGAUAGACGGCACCUUCAUCAUAAGCAAUCCAAUUGAAGCAAAGGAUUCUGGUCAUUAUCAAUGUCUAGCAGCCAACACUUUUGGAAGUAUUCUGAGUAAAGAAGCCAUACUUCAAUUUGCCUAUCUGGGAAAUUUUAGUGGCCGGACAAGAAGUGCUGUCUCUGUGAGGGAAGGCCAGGGGGUUGUUCUGAUGUGCUCUCCUCCGCCCCAUUCACCAGAAAUCGUCUAUAGCUGGGUAUUUAAUGAGUUCCCUUCCUUUGUGGCGGAAGACAGCCGGCGCUUCAUUUCCCAGGAGACAGGCAACCUCUACAUUUCUAAAGUCCAAACAUCAGAUGUUGGCAGCUAUAUAUGCCUGGUGAAAAACACAGUGACAAAUGCUCGAGUACUUAGUCCUCCAACUCCACUCACACUACGUAAUGAUGGUGUGAUGGGAGAAUAUGAGCCGAAAAUUGAGGUCCAUUUUCCUUUCACAGUUACAGCUGCUAAGGGAACAACUGUUAAGAUGGAGUGCUUUGCGCUUGGCAACCCUGUUCCGACAAUCACAUGGAUGAAGGUUAAUGGUUAUAUUCCUAGUAAAGCACGUCUGCGGAAAUCUCAGGCAGUGCUGGAAAUACCAAACGUGCAGCUGGAUGAUGCAGGCAUAUAUGAGUGCAGAGCUGAAAACGCACGUGGAAAAAAUUCCUUCCGUGGACAAUUACAAGUAUACACCUACCCACACUGGGUAGAAAAACUGAAUGAUACUUAUUUAGACAGCGGAAGCCCUCUCCGAUGGGAAUGUAAGGCCACUGGAAAACCCAGGCCCACAUACCGCUGGCUGAAGAAUGGAGUUCCCCUCUCGCCUCAGAGUAGAGUUCAGAUGGUUAAUGGAGUGUUGAUGAUCCACAACGUGAAUCAGUCAGAUGCUGGAAUGUAUCAGUGUUUGGCUGAAAAUAAAUAUGGAGCCAUUUAUGCUAGUGCUGAGCUGAGGAUUCUAGCUUCAGCUCCCACUUUCGCACUGAAUCAGUUGAAGAACACAGUAAUUGUUACUAAAGGCCGAGAAGUCAUCAUAGAGUGCAAACCCCAAGGCUCUCCAAAACCAACCAUCUCUUGGAAGAAGGGAGACAAAGCAGUUAGAGAGAACAAAAGAAUAGCAAUUCUUCCAGACGGGAGUCUACGAAUGCUAAAUGCUUCUAAAUCAGAUGAGGGAAAAUACGUUUGCCAAGGGGAAAAUGUCUUUGGUUCCGCUGAAAUUAUAGCUUCAGUAUCUGUAAAAGAACCUACAAGGAUAGAACUUACUCCUAAAAGAACAGAGUUAACAGUGGGAGAAAGCAUUGUCCUUAACUGCAAAGCAAUUCACGAUCCUAGUUUGGAUGUGACUUUCUACUGGACGCUAAAAGGACAGCCUAUUGAUUUUGAGAAAGAAGGUGGACAUUUUGAAAGCAUCAGGGUCCAAGCAUCCUCUGCAGAUUUAAUGAUCAGGAACAUCCUUCUGAUGCAUGCUGGGAGAUAUGGCUGCAGGGUACAGACCACAGCAGACAGUGUGUCAGAUGAGGCAGAACUUCUUGUUAGGGGUCCCCCCGGCCCACCCGGGAUAGUGAUUGUUGAGGAAAUCACCGAAAACACAGCCACACUGUCCUGGAGUCCAGCAGCUGACAACCACAGCCCAGUCUCCUCCUACAACCUGCAGGCUCGCAGCCCCUUCUCCCUGGGCUGGCAAACAGUAAAAACAGUCCCAGAAGUCAUAACAGGGGACAUGGAGUCAGCCAUGGCAGUGGACCUGAAUCCCUGGGUGGAAUAUGAAUUUAGAGUGGUGGCCACCAAUCCAAUUGGGACUGGAGAUCCAAGCACCCCAUCUCGAAUGAUCCGCACAAAUGAAGCAGUUCCAAAGACAGCACCCACCAACGUAAGUGGAAGAAGUGGAAGAAGGCACGAGUUAGUCAUUGCCUGGGAGCCAGUAUCUGAAGAGUUUCAGAAUGGGGAAGGCUUUGGCUAUAUUGUGGCUUUCAGGCCCAAUGGAACACGUGGCUGGAAGGAAAAAAUGGUGACGUCGUCUGAAGCUUCAAAAUUCAUUUAUAGAGAUGAAAGUGUCCCUCCUCUUACUCCCUUUGAAGUGAAGGUUGGCGUUUAUAACAAUAAAGGAGAUGGGCCUUUUAGUCAAAUUGUGGUCAUCUGUUCAGCUGAAGGAGAGCCCAGUGCUGCUCCCACAGAUGUCAAGGCUACAAGUAUGUCUGUGUCAGAGAUUCUUGUUGCAUGGAAACAUAUUGAAGAGAGUUUAGGAAGACCACAGGGAUUUGAGGUUGGUUACCGGAAAGAUAUGGAAGAAGAAGGAGCAGUAGAAACGGUUAAAACCAGGGGGAAUGAGUCAUCCAUCAUCCUGACAGGAUUAGAAGGAAAUACGUUGUAUCACUUCACAGUGAGGGCUUACAAUGGAGCUGGAUAUGGGCCGCCUAGCAGUGAAGUGAGUGCAACCACCAAGAAAUCCCCCCCUAGUCAAGCACCGAGCAACCUCAGGUGGGAGCAACAAGGCUCUCAGGUUUCUCUGGGUUGGGAACCUGUCAGACCAUUAGCCAACGAAUCUGAAGUCAUGGGAUACAAGGUUUUUUAUACGCAAGAGGGUCACAGCAACAGUGAAGUCAUUGAAACACAGAAACCUCAAGCAGUAGUACCACUCCCUGAUGCAGGAGUAUACAUUAUUGAAGUUCGAGCCUACAGUGAAGGAGGGGAUGGAACAGCUAGUUCCCAAAUCAGAGUACCAUCCUAUUCAGGUGGAAAAAUCACAAGUGCCCAGUCGACCCUCCACAGUCUAUCUACAUCCUCAUCGUCAGUUACAUUGCUCUUGGCAUUGAUGAUCCCUUCAACAUCUUGGUGAAAACUGCGGAUUUGAUUUCUUUCCUUUCCAUUAGCUUGAUAACAGCAGUGGAUAGAGUGUAGUGUAAAUGGAGAGACCAGGACCCUGAGAUGAGCUUUAAAAUUUGGGACUACCCAUGGUGCACUUACAGGAGGUUGGGGGGAAUGUUACUUAUCUAUCAGGUUUCUGUUUGGUUUUUGUAAAUGGGGAGGACAGUUCUUGGUCCAAUAAAAAUAUGCAGAUUGUACGUAAUGAAUUUUUGUAAGCAAAGGUAAUUUCUGUCAAAUGUAUUCUUUACUUUUUUAAUAUGUUGGAUUUUGAUUUUAUAUCUGAUGACUCUGAGUGUGUGCCAUCCAUUUGUUAAGUAAGUAGUCUCUAGUAGAUCUGUUUCAAACACAAAUACAAAACUAAAGAAUGAAAAGUUUACUUAAGACUCUGAGUCUAGAGUUUUUCAUUUUCCCUUCGGAUAACCAUUCCAGUUUGACAAACCAGUGGGAGAUAUGAAAAAUACUUCGGUUAUGGGGUCCAUUAUAGGAUAAGGACACAAAAUAUUUUCUGGAAAAAUACUGUAUGACUGAAUAGCGAAAUAGCAAGAUUUGUCAAUAUGCUAUUCUGUAUGCAUCCCUAGAGCAAGUUAUUAGGGUAGGGAAUAAGCCAUUUACAGUAGUGCAAGGUAAAUAGAAAGUGAGUCCAAAUGAAUUUAAGUGCUAUUGUUUUUCAUCAGUACUAUGUUAUUUAGCUGAAAAUAUAGUAGAUGUUUAUUUUUAAUAACAAAAGAUAAUUUAAAGUCACACAAAAAAAAUAUGAUUACUAAAAACUGCCAACACUGACAUGCUGCCACGGUGCUAACUUGAAAAUGAAAUGAAUGUGGGACAGAGCUGCUCCGUUUUUCCACUCCUGUCAAAACAGAUGCUGAAUUAGGUCCAAGGUUUUCUUUUAAUUGCAAAUAAUUUUAAGAACAAUAAAAAUUUGUAGUGCAAGUAAAUAUAUAUAUAUACAUAGGCUGUGGAUUAAAAUGGUUCACGCAUGACAAAUCUUUAUUUUUUAAAACCAGUCCCUGUAUCACCACUCACAAAAUCUUACCAACUAUUAAAAUGAAGACGACCUCUUGGAAAAUUUUUUUAAGUAAACUGUGGAAACAUGGCUUCAGCACAGAGGCUUAGCUAGUCUAGCCAGCUGUGCACUACUUGAUUCUCUGGCUUGAGAGGUGAUCCCCAUGUACUAUUUUGGGGAGUCAACUUGACCCUAAGAGAUCCUAAGUAGUUGUUGGAAAGCAAGGUGAAAGUUUCUAUGUGAUGAUACAUUAUGACAGUUUUAGCAAAAAUGGAGAACUUCCCAAAAUUGGCCUUACACCUAGGAAGAUGCCUGAAAGGAAUGGUUAUUGCAAAAAAAAACAUAUGCCAGAAAACGGCCUGGUGAAACUGAAGUUUUCCAGUUAAUGCUAAUAUAAGAACAAAAAGUAGUUUUGUUUUGUUUUAUUUUUCUUUUAUAUAGUCUAAACUUGUUAGUUCUGUUUGUAUCUUUAACAACAAGGAAAAUUAAGUGAAACUGAGAUCAAACUGCUGGCUCUAGAGGUUACUUACUCACUGUAGAAUAAGAGAAGGGAUAGAAGCUUCUGUUCGGAACAUCCUAAAAGAUGGCUUCAGAAACACAACAUAACUAUUUAUGUUAGUUACUGAUUCUCUUUGGGGAAAUUAAGUCCAUGACACCUGUAAACAAGUAAAAAGUGAUUUAAAAGACUAUUUUAGUUGUCAGAUUGUUAAAGUACUAUUCUGGCAAAUAUUUGAGCCUGUAAAUAAUAACAACCAGUUGGCCUUUCUUGACCAUCUCCAUUGGAGUGGCAGAGGCUGGACUUUGUAGAAAGAGGGAUGGUAACUGUUUGGCUGGAAAAAACAGGAGUUCUCUCCAAGUAUGGUGUGGCUUACAGGAGCAAAUUGUGCAUCUGAAGAAAAAAAAUGCAGCACGAACAUAAACGAAUGAGCAAUAAUCUUUAUUUCAUAUUUGAUGAAUCAAACUAUUUUCUUUAGGUCCCUAGUGUUAUAUACCAGACUUAGUAAAGGACUUUAAAGAUCAAGUUAUUACUAAUACUCUUAUAAAACACACCCCAGUAAAAUAUAAUGUUAACACAUGGCAAACUCAAAUCAACCAAUGUUUCCAACUAGUUGAUGGAUGGUACUUAUCUGACAGAAUAUUUGCAAAUAGAAUGUCUGACGUUGUAUUCUUACAAGAAUCAGAGAUAUAGGAUGUAUUAUUCAACAUGCACAGAAUACGUAUUUUGCAUCUUAAACCUAUUUUAAAAACAGGUUUUAAAUGUUUGUGUACUUAUGUAUUACUUUGUUACUUUGUAGAAAACAGAACAACGUUCCUUAUCAAGGUACAUUAUUAUUCAACUGCCGUACUGACUGAGCUUUUUCCUGGAUGGGUUACACACAGUCUUAAGUCACAAAAGAGACUGUAUUUUUGUAUGAUGUCAGUUGAACUGUUUAAAAAACAAUUUCCUCGGAAUUAGAAACUUCAUGACAGCAAAUGUUUUGCAUACCAAAAUGAAGAUACUGUGGGCCCCAUGUCAAACUGUUAAAUAUGUUGUAUACAAUCUGUAUAUAUACUAUAUAUAAUGGUAUAUACCAUGUGGAAGGCACAGUCAGAUAAUAGUUCUGUGUACUGUUCUUGUAACAUUAGAUCUUUUUAAUAAACAAUUCUCUUUUUAUUGACUUUUA